AUGCACAAAUCAGCUGAUGUGUUUCCUAUAUUGCAACCGAGAGGUCCAGUAAAAAAGCAUGUUUGUGAAGAUAUGGCUGCUUCACCAAGGAUGUUACUUCUCUCUCUAUCACUGCUUCAAUGUUCUAUUCCCUGCGCACCAGCCAGUUACCCUUGUGGUGCUCAGUACAACAGAUAUCCAGAUAACCGGGAUAUCGCCAUAGAUUGUGGUGCUCGGUUGAUCAACCUAUCCAUUAACCUUUGCCCUUCACUCUUUGCUGGCUUCGAUCCUUUAACCCUUGCGCUAAAUGGCCGAUAUAAUGACACAAAGUGUAACGGGAGAGUGGAUGUCCCGGCCACACCCCCAGUCGUUCAAUAUUCUAUCAUUGUUAAUGACGUCGAUGACAACAACUGUGGCAAUAAUUUCAAAAUUGUUGAUGAGGGUCCGGGAACGGAAACCUUUGCCCAUUUCUCCAGUCUUCAGUCCGUGGUCAUCUCUGGUUUUAUAGACCCCCCGACCAAUCAUUCCUUGAUGAUCAGUUACAGCCCAAGACUGUACUAUAAAUUCUCCUGCAAGUACCCUCUUGAAUAUAUACUUAACAGCACAAGGCUCAUAAUGUCUUCCAUUUCUAUUGCAGUGGCCACAAGGAACGGUAGCUUUAGCAGCACUCUCCGCCUGCAGCUGUUUGAUGACCAAGACUACAUUUCACCGCUGAUCGUUCCUGACACAGGUCUUCCACUCGGAUAUAAGGUUUAUGUUGAAGUCAGCAUUGGUAACCUAUCUACAAACUUUAACGUCUUCCUGGAUCACUGUUUUGCCACACCAUCUCCAUUUAAUCUCUCCUCACUUGACACUGGAUAUACCUUCUUUACUGGCUGCAACAUUAGCCCUCGCACAACUAUCAUUGGAAAUGGAAUCGGCAGGAAAUCCUGGUUUGUUUUUGGUACCUUCCGGUUUAACGAGCAAUGGGACAGGAAGCUCUCGCCAAUCUAUGUCCACUGUAUUACCAGGCUUUGUGAAGCCAAAACCUGUCAGACUUUGCUACAAGACUGCUUUGGUAGAAAGAGACCGAAGCGAGGAAUUUUCACCAAUGAAAGAUUGACAACACAAACCUUCACAGUUUCAUCUGGACCCAUAUACACGAGGGAAGAUGAGUUUUUGACGGCUGGAACCCCAGCACCUCUGAAUGGUCUGACCCAGAGCAAAAAGAAAAACUGCAUGACCAUGGCAGGUCCAAUUAUUGGCAUUGUGCUUGUGAUUGCUGCCGGCCUUGUUGUGAUUGCAUUCAUCGGAAUGUGGAGAUGGAAUCUGUUGCCUAAAAUGAAACAGCCCGACCAGGAUUGCAAUAAUGUGGAUUAUUCAGCGGAUUGAGUCUCCCCAUUACAGAGCUCACCCAAAGGGACCUGCUGCUUUAAAACAAGACACAGCAACCAUAAUCAUUACCAGUCAAGCUUAUGUAACCUGCUGGAGAAGAAAGACGGGUUAAUGAGGUAGUUUCUGGUUUGGGUGCAAUCGGUAAAUUGCACCCAAUGUUUAAUUGAAAUAGAAGUUUUCAAUGAACAUGGGUGGCUGAGUCAUUAUGAUUUUUUUUUUUUCAAUUAAGAUUCCAUAGUGAAUCUUAAACAUUAUAUUUUUCAGAUACCUACAUCACAUUGGCCCACCUUUUCUGAGACCUCCACUAGCCUACGACCCUCCCAUUCUAAUGCUUUAAUCAUUAACAAAAAAUGCUCCAACUAGGAUGGCAGUGAUGUCAGUUGCCACAACCAUAAGCUAUUAGCAUUUUAUUUCUAAUCUCGCUAUUCUUAAGCUGUUUAGUUAAUACUUCCUGCUGUGCCUUCAAUACCAUGAUUCCAACCAAACUUAUCUUCAAACUCCUUGACCUAGGUUUCAGCUCUA